AUGCUGCACGCCUUGAGCUGGCUCGUCGAGCUCCUCACUCCAAACAUCCAAAUGCCUACGGAUACCCAGUCGACCCUGUGCACGAUCAUCAAGUGCAGCAUCUGGCUCUCUUUCCUCUCAUUCGCCAUCUUUCCGACCAUCAUCCUUCUCGCCAGCCUUGCCGCGCAUAGCGAGGGACUCACCGACCGCCUUCAUCAACAGAUCAAUACCCUCAGAACGACUGUGCUUGCAUGCCUCCUCGCGUUCUGCAUCUCCGAGGCCACCAGCAAAACUUGCCAGCAGUACCUCAUCCACACCCGCGACGGUUUCCUCGAUUCACAAGCUCACAAGGACAUCCUCGCCCACACCUCUGAGAUGGAAGCGUGGUCUCUGGCGCUAUUGGCCGGCAUAAGCACCAUCGCUCUUGCCUUGCAAUUUGUCGUCAAACCUUGGGUUGAAUUCAUCGACUGUAUCUCCGUGUUCGUCAAGCAUGAUCUGCCUAUCGUCAAGCAUCGGCUCUUCAUCUACGUUGAGCAACGGCUCCCCGUCGCCAAGCAACGGUUCUUGAUGUUCAAGAACUUCAUAGUUGGAUUUCGCUCUGCUUGCUUCGGUCAGUCCUUCCUCUGUCCUCUCACCCCUCCCAUGCCAGACAUACAACUAAAUCAUUCGGCCUCAGAUCCAAUCUUCCAAUCCAUCAAGACCACAGCUCAGCACCCCAUCAACACCAUCGAGAAGACAGCUCAGUCCCAUCCUACGCCCCACCAGCUUCUCAAUCGACUCAAGAGGACGACGCAAUGGGUGCACAUGCUCGUCGUCUUCGCCGGGGCAGUGAUGGAAAUCGGAUGCAUGAAUUGCUACCUCGCUUUCGCGCACACGUUCGAUAGUGCCGUGGACAUGUGGGACUUUACUCACCGCUACAUGUGUGAGGAUGACCCUGAGGUGCUGAUGUGGUUGCUUUCGUGCGCGGAGCAGCCUGAGUUGUGGGAUUGA